GUUUCCCAGUCUCCCGCUGUCGAUAGCAUCCCAUGUGUUCAUUAAGAUGGAGACCAAUCUGUGUCCGUAACCCUUUGCAGCCUCUCCCUGCUGUGUGUCUGCUCCCUGUGCUAUGGGUGGGAGUAGAUUCUUUGGCAUAAGGUGUGGGAGGGGUUAGACACAGCUCCUCAUGCUUCGUGUCUCAGUGAGCAUCUCCUUUACUUGACUGGCCCCAAGCUGAGAGGAAUGCGUGGGGAUGCAGUUAGAGAUUUAGGGAAAAUAAAUCCACAAUUUUUUGUAGCUUAUUUGGGAGAGGCAGUGGUGGAACCUGUCCCCUCUCUCCUCCUCGAUAAGAGCAAUGCUUUCACAUCUCUACUGGGACCAGGCAUUGAUUUGUGCUUGGUCUCCAGGGUUUGUCCUUUUUGACUGAUCUGUUCUGGCCUUCCUGUCUUCAGUACAAAGGGCUCCUGAUCUUCUCUGGGUGCCCAAAUCUUGCACUGUGCUUCAAGGUCUUCAGUUCCUCGUAUAUCUUGUCAGUGCUGUAAACUUGCAUUAUCUAGCUUCAAUACACUUGACACUUUCGAUGUGCUGCCUUCUGCACCGCGGCUUGCCAAAACACUCACCACACCACAACCGCGCUGACGCAGCUGCAUGGUUCUGCCUGUUGCUUGUGGGGCUUUGGAGACUGAUCUGAGCUCAAAGACAAGCGUUGCACUCUUAGCUGACAGGACACUGCAAUUAUUUACCGUUUAGACUGUGUGUGGUGACCCACAUUCCCCAUGAGCUGUAUCUGCAGACUUGUUAAAGUUUUUGUGCUCAGGAUCCCACCAAAUUCCUCUUUUAAUGAUGUUCCACAAAUGUCAGUGGUGCAUCUACCCAGAGUGGCUUGCAGAACGUCCACCAGUAUCUCACAGAGCUUCUGGGCUCUUUCAAAGGUAUCUGAUAAAUGGACUUUCUCUCUGCCUGGAAUUUGUGGAACAUCAGGUGCUUUAUGUGUCACAUCUAAAGACUGGUGUCUUUUUGAGAAGCUGUGAAUAAUUAAUCCUGUAAAAUCCAUCGAGGCAGUAAAGGCAAAGAGGAGGGAGGAAAAAAAAACAAUGCCAAACCCCCUGAAGUUCUUUUUGUACCCAUUUUUCAUGUCUCUAAAUUGCAUUAAUGAUAUUUUGGCUGGGGGACCCUGCAGGAAUGGCCCCUUGAGGCAGAACAUGAGAAACUCAGACAAAUUCGAAAUUCAGAAAAAUUCAAUAUUUACACAGAAAACAAAGCAGCAGCUUCCCUUUUCUAACAGCAUCUUUGUAAAGUAGCCAGGCCUAGCCCAGCAUAAACUGUAGUACCUCACCAGCCCUCUGCCACCACCCUGGAAAUCCAGAAGCGAGAUCUUUGGAUAGGGUGGAGACUGUUCUUAGAACCCAACCCACAGAAGUUUGGGAAAGAGAGCAACUGCAGAAUGCUGGUUGGGUCCUGCAGUAAUUUCUGGACAGCUUUGCCUGGAAUGGCAUGAGGUUCAACAAGGCCAAAUGCCUUGUUGGGUCCUGCACUUGGGGCACAACAACCCUAUGCAGUGCUACAGACUGGGGGAAGAGUGGCUGGAGAGCUGCAAGGAAGAGAAGGACCUGGGGGUAAUGGUUGACAGUGACUGAACGUGAGCCAGCAGUGGCCCAGGUGGCCAAGAAGGCCAAUGGCAUCUUGGCUUGGAUCAGAAAUGGCGUGACCAGCAGGUCCAGGGAGGGGAUUCUCCCUCUGUACUCGGCACUGGUGAGACCGCAUCUUGAGUACCGUGUUCGGUUCUGGGCCCCUCACCACAAGAAGGAUGUUGAGGCUCUGGAGCGCAUCCAGAGAAGAGCAACGAAGCUGCUGAGGGGCUGGAGAAUGUCUUACGAGGAGCGGCUGAGAGAGCUGAGGUUGUUUAGCCUGGAGAAGAGGAGGCUGAGGGGGGACCUUAUUACUCUCUACAACUACCUGAAAGGAGGUUGUGGAGAGGAGGGAGCUGGGCUCUUCUCCCCAGUGACAGAGGACAGGACAAGGGGGAAUGGCCUGAAGCUCCACCAGGGGAGGUUCAGGUUGGAUAUCAGAAAAAAAUUCUUCACAGAAAGAGUCAUCGGGCACUGGAACAGCUGCCCAGGGAGGGGGUCGAGUCACCUUCCCUGGAGGUGUUUAAGGAAGGGGUUGAUGAAGUGCUGAGGGACAUGGUUUGAGGGAGUGUUAGGAAUGGUUGGACUCGAUGAUCCAGUGGGUCCUUUCCAACCUGGUGAUUCUAUGAUUCUAUGAAUUAGGGAAUAGCAAUAGUGCAGUGACGUAGUUCAGAAUGUUAAGGUGUCCCUGCCUACAGCAUGGGGUUGGAACUGGAUGGGCUUCAAGGUCCCUUCCAACCCAAACCAUUCUGUGAUGGUGGAAAUAAGGAUAAAGCAUAAAUACGUUUCCUCAGACUGACGCUGUGCCAGCACAACCCUGCUGCAAGGACACAGGCAGCAAACAAAAUGCACGGAGACCACCCUGCUUCUGUUUCUGGAACCAGUUUCAGCCUUGGGUGCUGCACACUGUGGUGUGAACGUGCCCUUGGGCUCUUCAGCAAUCAGGUGUGUGCGGCAGGAAGUAAUUGUUAGAGAAGCACUGGGAGGACAUUAGAACGGCCUUCCACAGAUGUGCUAAGGUGUGAUUAUUUAGGCUGUACCGUUGCAGAGGUUCUGAAAGAGGUUAAGUGGAUUUCGUUGAUAACCCAGAAUCUGUAGUGCAGGAGAAUGCAGAAGGAGCCCAUGGGAAGCUUUGAUGUCCCAGUUGAGGUGAUGGAGGGUUACUAACUGGAUCUUGUAGUGAUUGAAGGGGUCAUUGGGCACUGGCAGAGGCUGCCCAGGGAGGUGGUGGAGUCCCCAUCCCUGGGGGUGUUUAAAAGACGGGUAGUUGAGGUGCUCAGGGUUUAGUGGCAGAUAUUAGUUGGACUCAAUAAUCUAAGAGGUCUUUUCCAACCUAAUGACUCUAUGAUUUUAUGAUUUGGUGGUGCCGAGACACUCAUUCCUGGUUCCAAGCAGGCUUUGUGCAGAAGGAGCAGUGGCUACUCCAGAUGUAUCUGACGGGUAGUGCUGGCGUUUGUGUGGAUGAGUGCUUAGGAAAACUCAGCAGUGGGGUGUGGGAGGCUGACCGUGAAGGUGGAGCUAGAGAGCUUGGGCUGUGGAAGCCUUGGAUGGGAACGGAGCAAAUCUUUGGAUAAUUAAAGGAUGUGACUGACUGACUGACGAUGUGCAGUUUGGAAUGAAGAUUUUCCUGCUGCAAGCUUCUGACGCGCCCUCUGACUGGAAUGCUCUUUCUUCUAUGGGUUGCAUGACUCUACAGCACUGCUCACGCACCCCUUGCUUUUUUUCCAUCAGCUCUGAUAUUUCACUGAUAUCAACUGCAUGCCCUUGACUCUCUCUCCCAAUAUCUAUAUCCUGACUUUUCUGACUCGUUUCCCUUCUCCAUGGGGCCAUACGACGAUUACAGUUCAAGUGUCCUUGUAUACUCAUUAUUACUUUCUUCUGUUUUAGUUGCUGCCAUCGUGUUAUUUUAUUUUUGCCUUCAGUUGUACAUUUAUUUUAUAUGCUGUUUUGGAGACGAAAGUCCUUAACGUUUUUGUUUUUAUGUACUAUGCUUUCAGUGUUAUAACCAUACAGUUGUGGCUUCUCAUGGGGACAUAUGACUGCUAUGAAUGUUGGGCCUCUGCAAUGCAUUUUGGAGGUCACUGCUACACAUUUGAUGUUUAGGAGGUUGACAGGUAUGGUUGUAGUGUCCCCAGGAUGAAAUGUCCGAGUCUGGGCAGUCCUCGGCAGCUGCCACGCCGAGCACCACCGGCACCAAAUCCAACACUCCCACGUCGUCUGUGCCCUCUGCUGCCGUCACACCUUUGAAUGAGAGCAUCCAGCCCAUGAGUGAAUACAACGGCACAACCAAGAGCAAUAAGAGGACACGAGAAAAGCGGAACAGCCGGAACAUGGAAGUCCAGGUGACGCAGGAGAUGAGGAACGUCAGCAUAGGAAUGGGCAGCAGUGAUGAGUGGUCUGAUGUUCAAGACAUCAUAGACUCUACUCCGGAGCUGGAUAUGUGUCAAGACCCCCGCCUGGAACGCACUGGGAACAGCCCAACACAGGGGAUCGUGAACAAAGCGUUUGGCAUCAACACGGACUCUCUAUACCAUGAACUUUCCACAGCAGGGUCAGAGGUUAUCGGAGAUGUUGAUGAAGGAGCAGAUCUGCUAGGGGAGUUCUCAGUACGGGAUGAUUUCUUUGGAAUGGGCAAAGAAGUGGGGAAUCUGCUGUUGGAGAACUCGCAGCUACUGGAGACCAAAAAUGCUUUGAACGUUGUGAAGAAUGAUUUGAUUGCCAAGGUGGACCAGCUGUCUGGAGAGCAAGAAGUGCUGAAGGGAGAGCUUGAAGCAACAAAGCAGGCCAAAGCCAAAAUGGAAACCAGAGUCAAGGAACUGGAGGAGGAGCUGAAAAGAGUGAAAUCUGAAGCGAUUGUUGCCCGACGAGAACCCAAAGAAGAGGUGGAGGAUGUAAGCAGCUAUCUCUGUACAGAAUUGCAGUGCUCCUCCCCUCUGCAGGACAACAUUCCCAUAGCUCAGCGCCGCCGCUUCACCCGCGUGGAAAUGGCCCGGGUUCUGAUGGAGCGCAAUCAAUACAAAGAGAGGUUGAUGGAGCUGCAGGAGGCUGUCAGGUGGACAGAGAUGAUCAGAGCUUCCCGUGAGCACCCGUCCGUCCAGGAGAAGAAGAAAUCCACCAUUUGGCAGUUCUUCAGCCGCCUGUUCAGCUCUUCCUCAAGUCCCCCACCAGCCAAGAGGACCUACCCAUCAGUGAACAUCCACUACAAGUCUCCAACAACCGCAGGGUUCAGCCAGCGUCGUAGUCACACCAUGUGCCAGAUCUCCUCCGGCAGCCGCACCCUGGAGUUCUUCCCGGAGGAUGACUGUACGUCCUCAGCACGCCGCGAGCAGAAGCGGGAGCAGUACCGCCAGGUCCGGGAGCACGUGCGGAAUGAUGAUGGGCGAUUGCAGGCCUGCGGCUGGAGCCUCCCUGCCAAGUACAAGCAGCUGAGUCCCAACGGUGGCCAGGAAGACACUCGCAUGAAGAACGUCCCCGUGCCUGUAUAUUGUCGCCCACUAGUAGAGAAGGACCCAACCAUGAAGCUAUGGUGCGCAGCAGGAGUCAAUCUCACAGGAUGGAGACCGGUGGAGCAGGAGUCUGGGAAUGGGCAGAAACUGGAUCCUGGACGUGAUCCCCUCACCUGUGAUAGGGAAGUGGAAGGCGAGAACAACAAAAGUAACCACACAUCUCCUGAAAAGAAAAAGGCAAAGGAGCUCCACGAAAUGGAUGCCACGUCCAGUCGCGUCUGGAUCCUCACUAGUACGCUGUCAACAAGUAAAGUUGUAAUUAUUGAUGCCAAUCAGCCUGGCACGGUGGUGGACCAGUUCACUGUCUGCAACGCCCAUGUGCUCUGCAUCUCCAGCAUCCCUGCGGCCAGUGAAAGUGAUUAUCCUCCAGGCGAGAUCUUUCUGGAAGGAGAUGUAAAUCCUGAAGAGUCAUCUGGAGCAGAUGGUGUCUUGGCAGGAAUCACUCUGGUGGGCUGUGCAACCCGCUGCAAUGUGCCCCGAAGCAACUGUUCCUCCCGUGGUGACACACCUGUGCUGGACAAGGGACAGAGUGAGGUGUCCACUGUCUGCAAUGGGAAGAUCAACCAGUCCCAGUCUACUGAGGAGGCAACAGAAGCUACAGAGGUACCAGACAACAGCACAAUGGAGGCAGAGCCUGCUGGAACCCAUCCUGGGCCCCUCACGGAGCAUGUGUUUACAGAUCCAGUCCCACCCCAGGCACCUCCUCGGCAGAACAGUGAGAACGGGCAGCUGAAGCCUGAGUCAAGCACAACACUGCCUGAGCAGGAGUCAAACGGGGAUGCUGCUGGGUCUUGCACCAGCGCUGCCCCAACCAUGUGGCUGGGAGCACAGAAUGGAUGGCUUUAUGUGCACUCAGCUGUAUCCAACUGGAAGAAAUGUCUGCACUCGAUAAAGCUGAAGGACUCUGUGCUGAGCCUAGUGCAUGUGAAAGGGAGGGUUCUGGUAGCUCUGGCAGAUGGAACACUGGCCAUAUUCCACCGGGCAGAAGAUGGUCAGUGGGAUCUCAGUAAUUACCACCUAAUGGACCUUGGUCACACUCACCAUUCCAUCCGCUGCAUGGCUGUUGUGUAUGAUAGAGUCUGGUGUGGCUACAAGAACAAAAUCCAUGUUAUCCAACCGAAGACAAUGCAGAUUGAGAAAUCCUUUGAUGCCCACCCUCGGCGGGAGAGUCAGGUGCGACAGCUGGCAUGGAUUGGUGAUGGAGUAUGGGUUUCUAUCCGCCUGGACUCCACUCUGAGGCUUUACCAUGCCCACAGCCAUCAGCAUCUGCAAGAUGUCGACAUCGAGCCUUAUGUCAGCAAGAUGCUAGGCACUGGAAAGCUGGGCUUCUCGUUUGUGCGGAUUACGGCCCUGCUCAUUGCUGGCAACCGCCUCUGGGUAGGGACAGGGAACGGUGUCGUCAUCUCCAUCCCCUUGACUGAGACUGUAGUCCUCCACCGAGGCCAACUCCUCGGGCUCCGGGCCAACAAGACCUCACCAACCUCUGGAGAGGGCAGCCGCUCCGGCGGGGUCAUCCAUGUGUACGGCGAUGACAACAGUGACAAAUCUGCCAGCAGUUUCAUCCCCUACUGCUCCAUGGCUCAGGCCCAGCUCUGUUUCCAUGGCCACCGUGAUGCUGUCAAGUUCUUCGUCUCUGUGCCUGGCAACGUCCUAGCAACCCUGAAUGGGAGCGUGUUGGACAGCCCUUCGGAGAACCCCAGCACGGCAGCCACAGAGACCGAGGGGCAGAAGCUGAAGAACGUCCUGGUGCUGAGCGGAGGAGAAGGGUACAUCGAUUUCCGGAUCGGGGAUGGAGAAGAUGAUGAGACAGAAGAGAAUGCAGGAGAUGCCACCCAGGUGAAACCAGUACUUUCCAAGGCCGAAAGGAGCCACAUUAUUGUGUGGCAGGUAUCAUAUAUCCCUGAGUGAGAAUUCCUCCUUUCCCACCACCGUGUCCCUUCUCCCGCCUGAAUGCCAAGAUGUACAUACAGAACGCCUGCAUUAUACCUACUGCUGGAAACCGACCCCAGACAACUGCAACGGCUCCUGCCUCGGACUGUGACCCUCUUCUAACCUCUGAACUUGCAGCUUUCACCUCGGGCCUGUGCGCUUCCUGCGUGGUUGGAUUACUGUUCUGCUCUGGAGCUGGCAUCUACAAGGAGAGAAAUGGCAGCACAUCGAUGAAGUGAAGCUUGGAGCUAGGACUGUGCAGGGCCUUUGCCCAGCGCUCAGGAGCUGGCAGCCGAUGGGUGGUGGCCCAGGUUGGCUGGCAGGUUGCCUCAAUCCCACCUGCAUGAGAAGAAAUACGUCCCCUGCCAAAACAACAAUGAUAAAUCACAACUUCUGCAGCACCUUCGCAGAAAUUCUUUCUGGCUCACAAGUGGACUCUCCACCGUAUCCGCCCUUAAGCACACAAUAAUGUCCCGUGGGCUGAGAGCAGCCAGGUCCAAGGAACCUUCAACAGGAAGAAGCGGCAGGGUUUGGGCAGCUCUCGUGCUGUUUGGCUGGAGAAGGCAGCGGUGCCGUUCCUGUGGGGAGCAACACAUCCUCCAUCCCGGUAGAUGGAAAGUCCCCCUCGUCUUCUGCUGCUGGUGUGUCUGGAGGGAUUGUUUGGUAGCCUCGGAUGAGAGACGGGUGUUUGAUCCCGGAGGCCACAGGGCCUUUGGAAACUGUGGUAGCAAAGGGAUAUUGGAACUUGGCGUUUUAAGAGCAGAAGAGGCAGCAAUACCUUUAACUCCCCCUUCCAAAAAUGCCAGGCAGAAAAGAACUCUUAAUUCAGAAAGGUUGAGGAGAAAGCUACCUCUGCACAGCAUUUGUUGGCUUUUAAAAUACAGGCGAGGGCGGAUGACGUUGGUCUGCUGGGAAUUCUGCGUUAACACAUUGCGAUUCCCUUGGCUCACGGCUGUGUCCCCAUCCCGGGAACUGCUGGAAGGAGGUGGUUGUCAGUUAGGAAUGACCAUGUAGGUGCAGUCAAGGUGUAGGAAGGCUGUGUCUUGCCUGAGGUCACGCAGAGAAAGGAAUUGAGGCCACAUCCCCCAACCCCUUCUACUGAACAUCACAAGCACUUUGGUCCUGAGUAGUUUGAAAAGCUGGAGGUUUCUGACUCCUGUAAAGAACUGAAAGCCCCAAGAGAAAUGCUGAGAGCCCUCCCUGUGUAAGCAGGGUUGGGGGAUUGCAAACGUACAUCCCGCUUACAAGAGAAGUGACAAAAAAUGGGGCCAGGGUGAGUGCUUUUGAGCUCUAGAUGCAGAACGUGGCAGCUACAGAUAUAGAGACUGUGGUUUGUCCUCCCUUUUGGACAGCAGAAAGAGUCCUGUCCCAGCAAGGACAAGUUCUGCUUCCUUUGCAUGCUCCCUCCUGGGUAUGCAGGACUAGAGUGAGCAGCAGUUGUUAGUGAUGGAUUUGGAAGCUCCUGGUGGCCCUCUUAUUUCUUCCCUGAGCCGUGCAGCGCUCUGGAGUUCACAGGGAUGUCCUGGUGCCGGUGUGGUGGUAUGGGCACAGCUGGGGGAAGCCGCCGUCUUCUGGGAAGCCCCCAGCUGUCCCUCGUGCUUGUUGCCACUGCCCCCAAGGCAGGUCUAAAGCUGCUCCUGUGCUGCAGGGUUGCAGCAUUCCCAGGGGAAGCUCGAACAUGCGGCAUCUGUCUUGAUGCAGCAGCACUGAAACGCUUUUUGGAUCCCCAGUUCAGCAAAGGUUGGGACAUUUCCCGUGCAGGAACGGAGGCAGGAGGACAUCUCUGGAGAACAGGGGCCUCAGCCACCACAGCAUGGAGCCACAGCAGUGCCCACGCUGCCCGCCAAGGUAGGGACCCAGGGGGACCGUGUCCUCCAGCCAUGGGCGUUGUGGGUUCUGGGGCCCCAGGAGUGCCUGGAGCCACCACCUGCGUGCAGGGACAUUUCAUUACCAGGGACAUUUCACCAGGGCACCGCCAGACUUCUCAUUCACCCUUCCAAAAUGCUUUCUGCUAGGAAGACCCCUUCGGAUCACAACACAGAGUGAGUUAAAGUUAACAAGAUCAACAUUUAGAGCACAGAUCCCACAGAUGUGUAACAGUUCAUCAGGUAGGGCCAGGGAAACGUCAUCACUUGGGCUAAGAGAAGGGAAAAAUCAAAGCCCAAGUAAUCUCUAUUCCUUCGCACUAUCGACUCUCCCAUAGGAAAAUGCAGAUUUGCAACGUUCUUACCUCUUCCUGGUUGUUCUCUAUCCGGUUUUAGCAGUUGCAGUGACAGUGCUCGGUCUCCUGUCACCCACUGGGCCCCGACGACAUAAGGAAACCAGUCUUGAGCCUCUCCCAACAGGUUCCUUUCCAGCUCAGUGUAUGAUUUCCUCCAAAAGAAGCACACGUCCGAGCGGGGCAGCUGCAGCUCAGCAGGACCGGCCUCUGCCAGCAGCUCCUGCAGGCGCUGGCUGGGCAGCAAGGUGAGAACUGACUGGCUUCAACACACUUCCCUGUCAUAUCUCCACUGUGAUGUAUGUAAAGUAUCUUGUAUGUUACAAAAGGAUUUUAAAGUGUCUUAAGGCCUGUAAACUCCGCUCUUUGGUCUGAAGAUGGCAUUCUGUAAAGAGCCUGCUGUAUGAAUACGUCCCCAUGCUUCGUCCCCUAUGCUAUCAAACAAGAAACCAUAUCUGUUCUGUAUGUAAUAAACGUGUUAACAUCAGCACUGUGCAGGCGUUUG